AUGAGCAGCCGAUUGGCAUCAUUCAAGGGUCCCUCGACGCCAACUUCAUCUCCCGCGCAGGCACAGAAGAGGGGAGGGGGAAACAGCGCGCCCAAUUCACCGUCGCGCGCAGGAUCGACAGAGAGCACGUACCAUCGACAGGUGCGAGCUGCUAUGCAAGAGCUGCAGUCGAUCGCACAGACAUGGGACGAGCUUGUACUGCAUGACGGAUUGAGGGCAGCGAAGAUUCUUGUAGAUAGCAGAACAGAGCUUGAGAAUGCACUUGCGCUUGUCCCAGGACGAAAGCCAAAGACCCAUCUCGUGAGCGAGAAGAUUUUGGUUAUGGAGAAGUGCAUUGUCGAUCUAGACGUAGUACUCAGCAAGCUGAGGAAACAAUUCCAAAAGAUGAACGCGAUCAUUGACAGUCUGGAAGCGGUCCUGCAGAACGCGCAUAAGACCAAGGGCUGGCAAUGGGUCAGUACCGAACCCUUAUGGGUAACAUGGCCGCUGGAGAAGUUCGUCACCGAAGUUCCGGACCUCCUCGUUCCCUAUCACAGGUCCUUGGAAGAGCAUACCGGGAUGAUACAAAGUCUUCGCAAGCAUUCGCUCUCUUUUGAGGAGUCACGCUUGAUUAUCUCGGAGUGGGCAGCGCAGACCGACCUCGAAGACGAGGGCUGGGAUGCGAGAUGGAAUGAUCUGUGUGCCGCGGAGAUCGAUCGCUGGGGGCGACGAUAA